GAACUUCUUUGGUUUAUAAGAGGCAGUACUGACGGCAAAGAGUUAUCCAAAGUCGGUGUCAAUAUAUGGGACGCAAACGGGAGCCGAUCUUUCCUCGACUCUCUUGGAUUCACUGACAGAGAAGAAGGAGAUUUAGGACCCGUUUAUGGCUUUCAAUGGCGACACUUUGGCGCUAAAUAUGACACCAAAGACACUGAUUAUACCAAUAAAGGCGUGGAUCAGCUAAAAGAAGUGAUCAAUACUAUUAAGACUAAUCCCGAUGACAGGCGAAUGAUUAUCUGCUCAUGGAAUCCGAUCGACAUACCAUCGAUGGCAUUACCUCCGUGUCAUUGUUUGGUUCAGUUCUAUGUGUCCAAUGGGGAGCUCUCGUGUCAACUCUACCAACGAUCUGGUGAUGUGGGACUGGGAGUUCCGUUCAAUAUCGCCAGUUAUUCCCUACUGACACAUAUGAUGGCACACAUCACU